AUGUAUAUCACCCUCUACUAUAUAGUCACCCGGCUCCCUGACUCCCUUCGCUUGGUUAGGGACCACUUCCUCUCAGUUUGCCCCACCACACUAACCGUUGACCUCCUCGAGGAGUGCCUCCUAGCAGCAGAGAAGAGCAUAGUCGCUGUAGGAGCCUCUCGUGGUGACCCUCGCACCCCCGUCUUUAAGGGGUGUUCCCCCUCCCCCCUCUUGCCCUCUAUUGCCUCUGCUGCUGUGGCCGACCUCGUUGGCUUCGAAUCGGUGGGCGCUGCGUCUGCCCCUAGCGUGAGACACCGCACCGGCAAGGGCAAGGGGGGCAAGGGCGCUGGAGGGGCUGGCGGGGGCGGUGGAGGUGGUGGUGGAGGUAGUGGAGGGGGUGGGGGUGGUGGUGGGAGUGGUGGCAAGGGUGGAGGUGUCGGUGGCAGUAGUGGAGGCGGAGGAGGCGGCGGCGGUGGCAAAGGGAGAAGAGGCGGCGUAGGAUAG